UUUUAAAAAUUAUGAACAUCUGAAGGACUAAAAGUAUGAUUAACAAUUUUAGACUUUGUCUGCUCAGUCUAUUAUGUGACACUAGAAUGCCUUGGACCCACAAAUUUUUCAAAUAGCCAAGCCUUUUUUUCUUUUCUUUUUUUGGUUGAUAUUGAUACAAAUCGAGCAUUUUUAACUUAAAAGGAAUCAUGAAGAGACUGAUUAUGGCUAGUCUGAAUUAUGAUCUAUGAAUGACAUUUUUUCAGGCCUUCACUGCCUUGCCAGUGGCCACACGUCCUCCAUAAAUUAAAUCCAGGUUUUAAGUUACGUGUGUUGGUUCGUGUUUGAGGGAUGUCCAGAUGCCUAACAGCCAAUGCCUAUAAAGAGCGCGCAAAACAGGGAAAGCCCUGAGAAAUUCUCGAUCUUUUUUCUUCUAAAUAACAAUUUCCGCUGCCAUUGAUUAUAUAUAAGCUCAUUCUGUGCGAACAUAAUCAAAAUCACCGCACAGACUCCAAUUUGGGGGCCGUUUUUAUAGUAAGAUCCAUAUUUAUUGUGUCUUGGUGAGAGAGAUCAGUGUAGGGAAGAAGAAGAAGAAGAAGAAGAAGAAGGGGGAUAGGAAUAAUUAAGAGUUACCUGGAAGCAAGAAGGCAACUUUAAUGGCUCUGUCGAAAGAUGGGCAACGACAACCUCUGGUGCCAAGCUUUGUGUAUUCUGCUAAUUGGGGGAUUUCCCAAACAGUGGUUAGGACGACGCCGGCAUGGAGUUACGGCAGGAGCUUCCCAAUUGAAGCUCCGAAAGAGAAGAUAAAGAUGUAUUCACCGCCCUUCUACGCCGCUUGUACAGUAGGCGGCAUUUUGAGUUGUGGACUCACCCACAUGACUGUCACCCCCCUCGACCUCGUCAAGUGCAAUAUGCAGAUCGACCCUGCAAAGUACAAGAACAUCUCGUCUGGUUUUGGAAUUCUGCUAAAGGAGCAGGGAGUGAGAGGGUUCUUCCGGGGUUGGGUGCCAACGUUGCUUGGUUACAGUGCUCAGGGGGCGUGCAAGUUUGGAUUUUACGAGUUCUUCAAGAAGUACUAUUCUGAUAUAGUUGGAGCAGAGAAUGCAGCCAAGUACAAAACUUUCAUAUACCUUGCUGGCUCAGCAUCUGCAGAAGUAAUUGCCGAUGUCGCUCUCUGCCCCAUGGAGGCCGUCAAAGUUCGCGUCCAAACGCAACCUGGUUUUGCUCGGGGGUUGUCAGAUGGGCUCCCAAAGUUUGUCAAGUCUGAGGGUGUUCUUGGGUAUGAAACUAAUUAUAUAAUGCAGAUACACCAUCAACAUAUACUUUUUUUUUUCCUCCUAAUAACUUCAAAGUCUCUGGUUGUCUUCUUUUACAGGCUCUAUAAAGGUCUGGUUCCUCUUUGGGGACGUCAGAUUCCGUAUACCAUGAUGAAAUUUGCUUCUUUCGAAACAAUUGUUGAGAUGCUGUACAAGUAUGCCAUCCCAAGGCCAAAAGAACAGUGUAGCAAAUCUCUGCAGCUUGGAGUGAGCUUUGCCGGUGGAUAUGUGGCCGGCGUCCUCUGUGCCGUAGUCUCACACCCGGCUGAUAAUCUCGUCUCUUUUCUCAACAACGCAAAGGGCGCAACCGCCGGGGAUGCUGUGAGGCAGCUGGGCUUAUGGGGUCUUUUCACUCGAGGCCUUCCGCUUCGGAUUGUUAUGAUUGGAACUCUUACCGGGUCUCAAUGGGGAAUAUAUGACGCAUUCAAAGUUUUCGUUGGACUGCCAACAACGGGUGGAGCUGCUCCUGCUCCUGCCGCUAACAAGUGAAGGCGUGGGACGGUUUGCGUCACCUAAUUGCCAAAAAAUGCGGAUGCCUGUAACUCCAAAGACUUGGAAAUCAUUCUAAUUAUACUUAGGACCAUAAAAUUGAGGUUUUUGACGCGAAAGAAUCACUUUUUGUAGGAUUCGAUUGCCGAUUGCAUCAUUCCCUUUUCUUUCUGUAUUACUAGAUACCGGAUUAAAGAUUACAAAAAUCUGAACUUCUACGAGAUUC